AUGCAAAAUACUGUUUUGUAUGCAAAAUACUGUUUUGUAUGCAAAAUACUGUUUUGUAUGCAAAAUACUGUUUCGUAUAAGACAAUGUAUCACCUGAAAUAUUUUAUCAUAGCCCAUCAGUGGAGAACAAUAUGGAAUGACUGUGAACUAUUGGUGAAUGAU